UUUAUAUUACAAUUAAUAAUACAAGGUAACCCAGCGAAGCAAAACUUCAUGCGUAAUCAAAGAUAGCUUCUUCAUCAUAUUUGCCACAAACAGUUGAUCAAACGUCUUAUUACAAGCUUAUCGCAUUAUUAAACCAUAACAUGAACCAGACUCUCAUCAGAACCUACCAUUAACCGAAUCCAAUAUAUUUAUAAAGAUAUCAUUUUAAAUGGUAUCUGUGUGGUCUUCAGUGUUUCCAUGUUGGCUGAUCAUUUAUCCAAUUUGAAUAACUUAUCAUCUAAGAGUAUAUCAUUUCAUCUUCAUUUUUGUAUAAUCAUUUACACUGUCGAGCAAUUGGAUUGAACACUCUAACUUUAAAGCGAUUUCCCAAAAUGUAAAGAUGAACUUAUCGAUUAACUAUCGUAAGAUAAUUUAAAGCUCCUCAAUUGCCAAAUCAGUGGCUCAACCAAUGUAUUGAAGUGAAAACUAAAACUGAAUACUGUUUUCAAAUGAUGAAACUGGUUGAGAAUGCAAAAGUCGCCUUGAAAUUCAAGUUUAACUUCGUUCAUGUUUAUGUUACAAACGAGUUGAUAAACUAGACUCUAAUGGAUACCAAAGUUAAUCUAGUUGACUAUGUAAAAGUGAAUAAAUUUAAAUUGUUUCAAAGUCUACUUUGCUUUGCCAGUUAUGCUGGAUUGGGAAGUGUAAUUACACUGCUUGGCACUUCACUUCUUGAUUAUCAAAUUUUGACGAGCCAAAGUUUCCAAACAAUCGUUUACCUUGUCCAGAUAAGAUCAGUGGGUUACAUUUUAGGAUCCAUUUCAGCUCAUUUCAUUGAGAAGUAUUUCAAUCAAAUCUUGAUUCUAACAAUUUCCAAUUUUGUACUCGGAUGUGCUCUAAUCGCGACUCCGUUCUUUGAAAAUAUCAUCGGUCUGUUUAUCGCCACACUGGUCAUUGGAAUCACAUUUGGAAUUCUUGAGAUUUAUGUUCAUGUUUACAUUGGCUUUUUAUGGAAAUCUAAAAGUACCAAUUAUCUGCAAGCACUUCACAUGUUUUUUGACAUUGGUGCUCUUGUUUCACCACUCAUUACUCGACCCUUUUUAUUACCAUUGGAUCCUGACGAGUACAAUGCCCAAUCGAAUCAGACCUCAGUCAACCUAACGGAGGUCAAAAUUUACACCAAAAAUGAUCUUCUCAUUCAAUAUCCACAUGCAAUUAUGGGUCUCUUCCUUGUUCUAGUCGGCUUCCUAUUUACUGUAACUCUAUUCACCAAGGACUGUCCUAAGCAAGAUGCUGAACAUGAAACUGAUCAAUCGUCUAAUCAAAUCUUAAACUGGAAACAUCGAGUUGCCAUUGUUGUAACAGCAUUGAUCGUCAAUUUCGAGUUCGGGGCUCAAAAUUUAGUCAGUGCACUUGGACCAGCAUUUGUCGUCAAAUCUAAUCUUAAGAUGACGAAACAAGAAGCCGCUCUUCUGAUAACUGUUUAUUGGUCUUCGUGCGGAAUUUAUCGAUUAAUCAUGAUUCCAGCGGCAGUUUACUUCAAGGAGAGUAGCCUGAUUAUAUUCAAUGCUGCCAUCAUGGUUUGUGGAGCGGCAGUUAUGGGUUACACGGGCGACUCAAAUCAAACCCUUAUCUGGGUCUCAUUUAUUCUCAUGAGUUUAGGAUUUUCUCCGAGUUUUGCGUUUGCUUUUGGUUUUAUACAGAAAUAUUUUACUGUUCAGAGCAGCAUGGCAUCAUUGAUGUUUUUGUGCGGAACUUUGGGUGAAUCAAUUCAUCCUUGGAUAGUUUCUGUUUUCAUGGAAUCUUGGUCAGCAUUUUAUAGCCUUUACUUUGCUCUGAUAGCAAUAAUCAAUGCACUUUUGUGCAUAUUUCUGGUCUUUUUUGUUACAAAAUUUAUUAAAAAAGUUCCUAAUUUAAGAGAUGAAUAUCAAGAAAUGUAAAUAAAUAACACAAUAUAAAAUAUAAUCGAGUUUAUACUUUUUG